AAUAACAAUGAGUGAAAGAGAAGAGAAGGGCAGUUGCUUGGGCAUUCAGCUUUGGGAUCUAUAAUUUGGGGCUAGGGUUUGCACUGCACCAAACACUGCUAGUAAUAACUUCUGAUAGUAACUUCUAUUCAUUCGCAAAAUGGAGACUUCUCUCAGAUUUGGUGGAGAUUCCAAAGCUCUGAGAAUCCACGCCAAGGAAAAGCUCCCCAUCGACUCCAAUACCUACUUGCAGGUACAUGGAGAGCUAGAUACAAGGUUUGGAGCUCCGAGUUAUCUCAGUGCAGUGAUAAGACACUUCUACCCAGAUUUAUCAGCAAGCCUUGGGGUUGGUUUGCAAUAUGAUAGGCGUGAGAAGCUACGGUAUAGUGUACGUGGGAAGAAGUCAUUUCCCGUCACAACUGAUGGCCUCUUAAGCUUUAAUAUCAAGGGGCGGUGGGAUGUGGACAAAGAAUUUAAAGAGAGGAAGUCAAGAGGAGCUGCUGAAUUUACUUGGAGCGUAUUCAAUUUUCAGAAGGACCAAGAUGUUAGGGUAAAACUUGGCUAUGAAGUGACUCAUCAAAACAAACUUGGCAAUGAAGUGUUUGACAAGGUUCCCUAUCUGCAGAUCAGGGAAAACAAUUGGACAUUCAAUGCUGACGUCCAUGGUAGAUGGAAUGUGAGAUAUGACUUGUGAGGAACGGAACUUCAUUUAUUUGUUUGGAGGUGAGAAAUGUACCUGCCGAACACGUGUUAUUUUGUAUUCUGUUGGACAGCCAACAAGCAGGGACAGAUUAUUGAUUAAUGGAACUGAAAUUUUCAGAAGCUCAA